UUCCGUCCACAUCUAUCGCUCUCACUCCAGUCCACAGCAUUAUCCAUUCCAACAAGGUAGAGCGGCCAAAGCCAACCCACGUCUGGCCGGUCGUUCCGUUCCGCUACUGCUACAUGUGUGUGAGCGCAGCGAGCUAACGAGGAUUGUGUGAGUCCUCGCCAAGGAUUAGUGGAGUUGGUUUGUCCUCAGUAGAUAGUGUCGCGGCAGCUGCAGUUACAUCAAAGGCUUUAGCUCGCUCUUCCAGGUCACAUCAACGCGAACGUUGCUGGAUAGUAACCGUUUGAUAUCCCUCUCUACUGUAAUAGCUGCUGCAGAUUCGCCUUUUCGUCGCAAAGGCUACAUUUUCCCGAACGGGCUUAUAAAUGUCGGACCUCAUCGGAAUGAUGCACUGAAGAAAGACUAGGCUACAUGCAAGCGUCUGUCCAGAGGCUGCAGUAUAGCUGAGCGAUUGCGGCACACUGUUGACGUUUUUUUACGGUUCCACAGUCUAACAUCAGUGGUUGUCUGUAAAGGGAGAAUCGUGAAUUUCGAUCGCCCUGCGCUCGGCGAAAACAUAAUGGCCACUCUACUGCGGAAAAUCGGUCUGAUUCGUCUUCACGACCGGGACACAGAGGACCCCAAGCAUCACCAGGGCUCACUAAAGGGAACCAAGGGGAACACGAAGAACACUAAGCAGCACUGUCAGACCACCAACGAGACGAACAACAUCCUCAGCACCCCCGAGAUCAAAGCGAAGAAGCUGGACCAGCACAACAGCAAUGACAAACCGUCCGUAAAGGAUAAGCAACAGGGCAAGGACGCCAAUGAGAAACAGCAGAUGGGAGGCGGAGGAGGAGGUGGGAUCGGGGUUGGAAAAUCAGCGACCAGUGCCUCAAUACCACCACUAGCCCCUCACCGGCAGCACUGCACCCAAGUCCGGACGAGGAGACUUAUGAAGGAACUCCAGGAGAUCCGGCGGUUGGGAGACAACUUUAUAACGGUCGAGCUGGUCGACGACAAUCUAUUUGACUGGAACGUCAAGCUCCACCAGGUGGACAAAGACUCGGCGCUGUGGCAGGACAUGAAAGAAACAAACACCGAGUUCAUUCUGCUGAAUGUCUCUUUCCCCGACAAUUUCCCCUUCUCUCCGCCAUUCAUGCGGGUGCUCACCCCCCGGUUGGAAAACGGGUACGUUCUGGACGGUGGAGCGAUAUGUAUGGAGUUGUUAACCCCCCGCGGAUGGUCCAGCGCCUACACAGUGGAAGCCGUGAUGAGACAAUUUGCUGCAAGUCUGGUAAAAGGACAGGGGCGUAUCUGCAGAAAAUCAGGGAAGUCCAAGAAGGCGUUUAGCCGUAAAGAGGCGGAGGCCACCUUUAAGAGUCUGGUGAAGACCCACGAGAAGUAUGGCUGGGUCUCCCCCCCAGUGUCUGACGGCUGAGGUGACGGGCCGGGCCAUGACGCUAGCUAGCCAUGCUAACCAUGACACACCACGCUAACUCGACUCCUCCUCCUUGACCAUACCACUCCACCGCUCCAGUUGUUUUCGGUUGCUUUGGGUUUUUUCUUGUUGUUGUCUUCAUCAGCUCACUGAGACUUCAGAAGGAACAAAUAAAGGAACGCUUGCCUACUUCGUCUUCACUUUGCCGAUAAUCGUCAUAAUCUCGUCAUCAUCAAGCCUCCCUCCUGCGCUGCACUCCUCCCUCCCUCCUCUCUCUCUGCGUUCAUCCCUCCUUCGGCUGAGUAGAAGGUUCUGCGGGAUGUGCGUGAACAGACUUAUUCAGGAAAGUGUGUGUGUGUGUGUCAGCGGAGUGUUUGUCACAGCGGUUGAUGGAUUGGGUUUCCGACACACGCACACACACACCAACCACACACCAACCACACACCCACACUGACUGUGUGGGGAUCUGUGGAAAGACUGUGAAAGACUACUGAGAAGAGGGAGAUGUAUCCCCUCUCCUCUUUUGUCCCACCCUCCCAUCUCACCUUCCUUCCUCUCCUCUUUUGUCCCACCCUCCCAUCUCACCUUCCUUCCUCUCCUCUUUUGUCCCACCCUCCCAUCUCACCU